UCUUCUGGGUUUUGGUUCAAAAAUGGAAUUACAUCAGCCUAUUGCUUGUGUUGUUUUGUCAUGUUUAAAAACAAACUGUUUUAGCUCUUGAAUCUGACAGAAGACGAGUUCUUCUCUGGUUAACAGUCAUGCUACACUGUGUUUUGCCCCAGGGCAACAAAGUCUUGAAGGGCAGCAUAUAAUGAGACUUGGAGACGUCCCAAUUAAGACUUGGCACUAUAUUAUUUAGCCUAUUCUGGUAAACUAAAUAGUGGACGCAUUCAGUAAAGUGAACUAUAUUAGCAUAUCGUUGAAGACUGGCCCAAACAGAAGAAAAAGAGAUGAUGUGUGUCCUACACAGCUGUGAUCUCCCAGAAUGAAAGACAGAUUAUAGCUCUCGCUGUUUGCUUGGGGCUCCACAUCUGUCUGAGCAUCACAUGGUCUUAUUUCUGCUCUCUGCUGCCCCAGUGUAUGAUGCCCCAACAGUCCACAGCAGGGACCCAAAGAACAAGGAGCCCAGUCUGUUAUUCUCUGUCCCUCUUGCCCUUGUGUUUUCUGCUCAAAUUUCUUCUCACUCAUUCUCUGAGUUCCAAGGGGCCUCGUCUGUCUGGCUUUCAACAGUCCGCAAUGGAUAACCUCUUGUCUUUAUUCAUAAACUGUCCCAUUAAAUGCUCAGUUCAUCUUCUGUUUAUUGAUAUGGUUGAAGGCGGGGGGGGGGAUUCAGGGGGGUUUCUAACCUAAAGGCACGCAAGUCCCCGUUCCCAUGGUACCCCACCGGCUCCACAUUGGGACCGAGGCAUGCCAUUAUUCUCCCCCUGUCGAAAUGUGCCGCUUCUUCUGACUCGGGUUAUUGUGGAGCGCACAAGUGGCCCUCAGAAGAAAAUAGCAUUGCAAAGAAAGGCUGAGGUCAAGGGUCACAUUAGAGCCUUCCCAUCGCGAACUGCGUUUUGUGAUCAAAUUUGUUGGCUACACAAAAAGAGCCAGUCGUAUCUCAAAUACAGCUCAGCCUAAGAGAGUAGAGUCUCAACUCUAUUAAACUCCACUGCCUCCGAACAGAAGCUGCUGGUUUGCUUUGGCUUUUCAGCCAGCUGUAAGAACGUCCAGGCAGCAGAACUCCCUCUCCUUUGCUCUACUCGACUCCUUCACUACUGCACGGGCUGUUGAGGGAUCAACACUCUGUUACAAAGAUGGAGUUCCCCCUUACAGAACUUCCCACCUUGCUGCCCAAUCGAUCCAUGGAGAGCUGUCCACCUGUGGACAAUACAGUGGAGAAUAUGAUCUUUGGAUUGUACUACAUCAUAGUUUUCCUUCUUGCGCUGAACGGCAAUAGCCUUGCCCUGUGGAUCUUCGCCCGCCAGAGAGGCAACUCUUCUCCAGCCAAUGUCUUCCUGCUCCAUCUCGCUGUGGCUGACCUGUUUUACAUCUUCGUUUUGCCACUCAGGGCCACUUAUCAUUUAACAGGGGGGCAUUGGCCAUUUGGCGAAAUCCCCUGCCGUCUCGCAGGCUUCUUCUUUUAUGUCAACAUGUAUGCCAGUUUGUACUUCCUGGCCUGUGUUGCAGGCGACAGAUACCUCGCCGUGGUACACGCCGUACGUUCCCUCAAGAUCAGACACCCUCGUUACGCUCACAUCACCAGUUUUGCGCUUUGGGCUUUGGUGAUAGUGUCUAUGGCGCCCCUACUGGUCACCAAGCAGACCGCAGAAAUCAAUGGCUCUACCGUAUGCUUGCAGCUGUACAGAGAAAAGGCCUCACGACGUGCUCUCGUCUCCCUCGCUGUAGCCUUCAUGCCGCCUUUCAUUGCCACCCUUUCUUGCUACCUGCUAAUUGUGCAUAGUCUGAGAAAAGGUUCGAGGCUAGAACCGGCGCUGAAACUCCGAGCUCUACGCACGAUCGGUCUGGUCAUGCUCAUCUACAUAGUAUGCUUUUUGCCCUAUCACUUAAGCCGUGCAACCUUCAUCUUGGGUUACGGACACCCAGACCUAUCCUGCCAAAUCAAAAGAGGGCUAGCCCUGGCUAACCGUCUUACUUCCUCUUUAACUUGCCUGAAUGGGGCUUUGGAUCCACUGGUCUACCUGUUCGCAGCUGAGAAGUUCAGGGGAAGUGUUCGCAGGCUUUUCUGCAGAGACAAAUCAGGGGGGUCCGGCGCUACAAGUGGGGACCUGAAAGGUACACAUGAGAGCUCUAUGAGUGCAAAGUCUGAGUUCUGAGCAAACAAUUGAAUAUUUUUCAUCAGUUUAAGUGAUUCAGCCCACACUUCCUGAUCAUGUAUGGUCAAUUAAAGGUCAGGAACUUCAAACAGCCUCAUGUAUCACCAAGCAUGUUAUUUGGGCAUGUUAAAGUGAAAGUUAUUUGGGACGGUACUAGUGACUGUUAUGUAUCAGUCAGUUGUCAAAUCACAACUGAGAUAAGACUCCAUCAAGUUUUAAGAAGGCAUAACUUAUGUAUAAGUCUGUGUGCUGCCUUUUAAAAAUUAAUGUUGUCUUCAUUAGCAUAUUACCUGUUUGCUAAUGACAUGCUUUGACUCGUUCUUUGUAAACUGUAAGCACUUUCUUAGUGCACAUUCUUAAUGAAAUCAGUGUGAAGCUAAUGAAUUCAUACUUGGUAUCAAAACGACACUUAUAAGUAAGCAAUAAGGUACAAGAGGCUGUGCUUCACGUCAUGCCUAACAACGCCCUUCAGUCGUGACUUAUUCAUGAUUACAGCACUAGCCUUGAGUACCUUAUUGCUUUUAUAAAACGGUUACACACAAUACAAAUAUUAAAGCCAGAAAUAUGU